GUUGAAGAUGGACGACAGCCACGUUUUUGCCGACUUAAUGUGAAAUUAACAACAUUUGGCUUUUAGGUUUUCAUCUUACAAUAAAUAGGGGUUAAUUCUAAAAGCAUAAAGUGUUAUAUUGCGUGGUUUUGGUGCGCGUUAGCUCGCGUUAGCUCGCGUUAGCCUGGCGGGUAACACAACGACGGUUGACAAAUGUCAAGACCACGGUCCCGAUCGCCACGUUACAGGAGGUUCCCGUGGGAUGAACCGGACUUUGAUCCUCAUAAAGUCGUUGCAGAACUCGACAUGAAUCCGUCGGACAGGAGCCACCGCUCCCGAGAAGAUCCUGAAGAGCACUGGGACUACUUCACCGAAGACAUGCAACCCGACGCCCAGAGGAGAACCCCUCCUUUCCCAGACGACCGUCAGUUUGGGCAUCAACGCCAUCCGAACCAGGAGGAGUUUUACCGCCGGAGGCCGUCGCCACAUCACAGCGUGACGAGCUUUGAUGAAGACCGGAGGAUUUCUCCACAGCAUGAUAGAGGAGGAGGGCAUGGAGAGCGACGCAGAGGAGGGUUUAGAGAGCUCUUUCAGAGAUAUGAAAACAGGGAGAGGUUGCCUCAGCCGCCGCCGAAGGUGAUGAGGGAAAAAUUGCCGCCGACGCCGAGAUCUCACUCGGACCACCAACAGAGAGAGCCGGGGAUCAGCUGGAGGAGAGAGGAGCAGGGCAGAGGUCGAGGGAGGUUCAGGGACCUCAGUCCCAGUGUGAGGUUGGAUGACCAAAGAGGCGGAGCAGGUAGGGAAAGAGGAAGGAGGCCCACUCAGGGUCCUAAUAGAGGCAGACGAAGAGAGGAUUCACAUCAGGAGAGGAGCCCCACCUUUAAAAGGCAAAGGAGGGAAAUGGAUGACGCCACUCACCUGGGGUUCAGGGAUGAGGAGGACUUUGGGGGACAGCGUUACUCGGUGAACUCACCCAGAGAUAUGUUUGGAGGAGACACUCAGGGGAGCCUCCCCCGCGGAGACACUCGGCACUCGGGACCACUCGUCGUUGAACACGAUCACGGCAUCACAGACAGCAGGGAGCCGUCACGGUGGGAACAAUUUGACGGCCGCAGAGAUCUCGACCCCGACUUUGAGCGACAGAGGAGUCCCCGUCCGUCGGGCUCCUCUCAGGAGCGUUUCAGGACGUCGGAGAGCCGGUUGGAUGAUCGGGAAGACGCGAGAGGUCGGCAUUUUCAAGACAACUGGAGGGACUCGAACUAUCAAGAAACUCGGAGGAACCCUGCGCCACAAGAAAGACCAAACCCCGUGAGAUACAGUAAUCGAGGGGGUCCCGUGAACCACAGGGGGAGGGGUGGUCCUCACCCGCCGAGAGGCCAGUUCAGCCGCGGACAGGGUGUAAAGACCGGACCGCCCAGGAGCCAACCACGCAUACAGCCGUCCUCACAAGGAUACCAAGAUCUUCCUCACGAAGAGCAGCAAAGACCGGGGUACCGACCCUUCAGGGGAGAUGAUUACGAGGGUCCCAUCGAAGAGGAGCCCGACUGGGCCGAGGAAGACCCGCCUCAGCAGUGGGAGCCUCGCAGGCCUGGAAGUCUGGAGCGACCCCAGAUGAGGAGCAACUUGGACCCUAAAAUGCCCCGUCAGAGGGAGCGAGGAUGGAGCGAUCAGAAAACCAACAACAUGAAGGCUGCGACGGAGGAAACGCUAACCAUCAAAGUGGACAUGAGCCGACCCGUAAACAAUAACAGCUCGCUGUGUUACUCCUCGGACCGGCAGCUCUCUUUGGAUCUGGUCAACGUGGGUCGGCAGCGUCUGGACUUCCUGCCGAUGCUCGAGCACUCCGGCACGUACCGGGAGUCGUCCACGCACACCGGGACGUUCGCCCAGGAGAUCAUCACACUGGUGCACCAUGUGAAAGAGCAGUAUUUCAGAGACGACGGCGUCACCCUGACCGAGAGGUUCUCGACGCCCCAAACGGGCGGCUUCUCCGACGAGGAGACGGAGGAGCUGACGCUGGACGAGAGGUUCAGCUCAAACCGAGGCUUCAGCUUAAAUAUGAACUCGCUGCUUGACGACGACGAGCCUCUGUUCUCCAGACUCGGACCUUUGCAGCCGGUUCGAGGCCCCGGCGACCUGAGACACGACCUGGAGAGGAGGAGACAGGAGAGGCUGGAGGGGGUUAAAGUCACGAUAUCAGGGAGCAGCGUGUCACAGCGCCCCCUUGGGCAAAUCAGUGAUCCGGGCUUCGACUACAGUGACCAGGAGGAAAUGUCUCAGCUGGAGGACGAAGGAUUCUCCAGCUGGCCAGAGGAGCAAAGCCGGAGACGAGAAACACACAUGGGACCAAGGAGAGGAGCUCCGUUCGCCUCCCAACGCAGGAACACUCGACCCGUCAGCCGGAUCGGACCGAUGAGGAGACCGAACAACCGCAACAACCCGGCAGGUCCUAACUGGUGAUCGGACACUGGGAAGGUUUUCCUGUUUGGAUGCUGCUGGUUUUACCUUUUUAAAAACUGCUCCUAAAAAGUGUUUUGGGGCCGAAUUGUGUCGCCGUCGUAUCAAACUGUGAAGAAGAUUGACAUUCUCACCUGUUCAGUCCUUCCAUCUUUGUUUAUUUGUGUCAUUCUAACAAUGAUGUCUCUAUUUUUCCCUUUUCACACUUUAUCUUUAUGGAUGUUUGGUCUUGAUUUCAAACAAUAUUUUAUUUUUUUUAAUCAAAAAGUCAUCGUUUAUCUGGAUUACGUUGGUUUGAAGCAUCUACAGUUUUAUCGGUGUAGACCUCACAGAAACGGAAGAUGAAAUUGAUUAAAAACACUGAACUCGUGUGAAGUAACAAGACUUUAAAAUGACUGUGAUCUUCUAUCUUUAAUGUUUUUGUUGUCCUCCUCAGUUUCACAUCCUAACACCACCAAUAAAUAAAACACUUUGAUUUAGA